GUGAUUACUUUUUGUAAAGAAAAAUUAUGCAAGAUGCGUAAUCGACUUCACGGUACUUAAAUUUCUUUCUAAGAUCUUCGAGAAAAUGGCACAUACCAAUCCAGAUAAUUCUAGAAGACCAACAGACAUUCGAUGAUAUUCGAUGCCGAUCUCGAUGAAGACGACGACCAAAACAAAGUAUAAUGCCACUUCCGUUUAAAAUGGAACAACCGAAAGCAAAGGCACAGCGGCCAUCAAACACCGAAGCUGCAGAUGUACCAAAUUCUCAAGACCAAAUGCCACCAACUAACCUAGAUGCUGCAAGUGCGUCUGAAAACGAUAUAGCAGACGAACCAAAUCAGUGCUUCACGAUACUCUCCCAUCAUAGCUAUCAUGAUUAUGCAAAUAUGAACGAGCCGCCAAUAUUGGGGACAGGUGUCGUUGGGUGCGCCACGAAGACGCGAGGAAAUUCAAUGAAUCCGUUCCCUCUGAUGCUUCAUAAGCUGCUCGAAGGAGCAAAGAAGGGAAACUAUAGCGAAAUAGUUUCAUGGAAACCGCACGGACGAGCCUUUCAUGUACACAUGAAGGAUCGCUUCGUGAAAGAUGUGAUGCCUCUAUACUUUCGACAGACAAGGUUCGCCUCUUUCCAACGACAGCUGAAUCUAUAUGGGUUCCGGCGCUUGACUGGACGGGGACCGGAUGAAGGGGCUUACUACCACGAACUCUUCCUCCGAGGGAUGCCCGAACUCUCAUCAAAUAUGGUCCGAAUGAAAGUGAACGGAAAUGAGGUCCGGCUUGGUUCCUCCCCUCGAACAGAACCGAACUUUUAUGCCAUGUCGGUUGUUCAUGAACCCAGUACACAACAAAAGCAAUCAACCCCGAAAAAACGACCGGCCAUCACGCAGCGCACAGCAGAGCGACCCUCUUAUCCGUUAGACAGAAAAAUGUUGGCCGACUCUUGGAAAGUUCCCGGCGACAUGCAAGAUGCAGCGAUUGGCUCUUCUUCCAAAAUAAGCAUAGAAAAACCAUCCAGCGUUGACAUAGAAUAUUUGAGAAGCCACUUGAGCCAACAACGGCACACGGCAUUCCAAGAUUUUUCCGGCCACGUUGUUCCUGGGCAAAAAACUACCGUAGCCCCACUCAAAGACAUGGUUGUAAAUCAGCCUCCUUUGGGGAAUGCCUCGGACUUGGUGCGUCAGCGCACGUGUCCAGACGAAGACUUUCCUGUUCCUGAACCCGUCCCUUUGCGUCGACAUGAUGUCGGGACGGAGGACGAUGACCAGACAUCAAUGGUGAACUUCUUGAGUGAUAUUGACCUACAGCCAUCGUCAGACGAAAACACUCUGGAUCCCUUGAGGAUUCAUCAUUCUUCCGACGACAGCUCUGUGUUGAAACACCUGCAAUUCUCUUCUGAUGAAAGUAUGAAUCCGAUCCCUAAAAUUCCAUCAGCUCAGCAAUCUCGGUCGUCGUCUUCCAAGGAGGAUAGCAGAUAGCAUAAAGAGACACUUUAGCAUUCGCUUCAGAAACGUCCUAUGUUCAAAAUCGUGUUGCUCACUCUCUCCAACAAAAGAAACGUCUCGGCUUGGGUUGCCUUCGUCUAGGACGGUCAACUCAAGUGAUUUGAGCGAGCUACAAUGGUUCUAUCUGAGCACGACAGUGAUCCGUGUGAUUGCAUGUUGAUGCAGAAUAUGUAUUGUAGGUAACAAGUUCUGGGUUGUCCACAUCGAGCAGGAGUACAUUGAGCAAGAGUAGCACACAGCCAGUCAGCAGAGGCUCUAGUUCGCCAGCGAAAUAUCCAAGGCCAUACCAAAGUCUCGAGAAACGACUACAAAUGGACGAAACAGAUAAAGCUCUUCCUCCAGCCUCCUAGCUACGCUCUAAUCAUUUCUCAGGAGAGUACUGUGUGCCGCGCUUGAUCAUUGGUGCGAAUGUUAAUGGCUCUCGAAGAUACCAGGUCACUAGAAUG